AGUAUCGUCCGCCGAAAUACUUCCUCACCAUGUCCGCCAAAACUGAUACUAGCCACUUGGUUCGAGCUGGUUUGAACAUUGCCAAGGACUUCGCUGAUCUGUCGGGAAUAUCUUACCUCGCUCCCGUCAUCGGUACGCUGGACAAGAUACUUGAGCUUUGUGACAAGGUCGAAGCAAACAAGAAAGCAGCAAUAGCCCUAUGCAAACAUUGCUUCCGCCUCAUGAUUGCUAUUCAUAGGAGGCUUGGGGGAAAUCGCAUCGAUGAGAACUCGGACAUGGAAGCAGCUGUGUCACGUCUUAACGGAAUCGUCGAGAACGCUCAUCGCGACUUGAAACAGAUCAUCGAACGUAAGAAGUGGUACAAGUUCCUGCGGCAGAAGUCAAUCGAGGACGAUAUCGCACAAUAUCGUGAACAAAUCACCACAUGCCUCGAUGAGUUCCAUCUCAUCGCAGUGCUAGACGCGCGUGAGCAGGAUGAAGAGAGGGCGCUGCUACAGAGGAUUGCCGAUAAGCGCACCCACCAAAAACUGGACCGAAUUGGGCACAACACUGUGGCCAUUCAUGCAAGUGUCGUGAACACGGAAACGAAGACCAGCGAGCUGACUGACAUCACGAAAGUUGCUGUGGACGAGCAGAAGCGCCAGACCGAGGUUCUAUUCAGCAUACAGGAAUCUAUCUCUGGGAGUGGACUGAUGGUCAUGCGCGUUGGCGCAAGCACCAUCCAACGCAAGGGCGAAGCGUACUCUAUGAGCUGGAAUGGUGCCAUAGAUAAUUACAGAGGGUUGCACAGCGAAAAGGGGGAAGUGGUUGUAAGGUGGAUACGUCAAUGCAAGAUGAAUGACAAGGUGAAACGGCGCUUCGCUCGGGAAAUCACCUUAUGGAAGGCCGUGUACGAAAUCGACGGCGGCGAACAUAUACUACCUUACUGGGGGUACGGGGAGUAUAGCGAGCACCCAUUUGUGUUUUGCCCUUAUCUUCCAGAAGGGUCCAUCAUGGACUACAUCCGGAAACACAGUGAUGUUGAUCGUAGGCAUCUGAUUCGGUCUAUCGCGGAAAGUGUCAAGGUACUCCACGACAUGAAGAUAGUCCAUGGUAAUAUACAGGGUGUAAACACGUCGACAGGGAGUCCAAAAGUCUUGCUCGCUGACUUCGGGCUGGCUAAGGUGAUGGCCAACAACAUGCUGGAGUUCACCAAUUCCUGUGGAUAUGAGAUCACUAGAUGGGCUGCUCCUGAGAUUGUGGAUUUUGACCAGACAGAAACUCAGAUAUACAGCACACCGGCGGACGUCUAUGCUGUGGGCAUGACUAUACUCGAGGUGAUGACGGGUCAACAGCCAUACUCAAAUUAUACCAAACCGCAGAGGGCCUUCAUAGCGAAGGUGAAAGAAGAUGAACUACCGCAACGACCCACAGAUCCGGAGGUGGUGGCCAAUGGGCUAGACGAUGCUCUGUGGAAUCUCCUGUGGGAUUGCUGGCAGAGGGAUUCCGCGAAGCGGCCCACCAUCGACGAGGUUGUCACUCGACUAUGA